GCCAGAGUCGUAGUCUCAGAAGAUGGAGAAAACACACCUCACGCUCUUUAUUUUCUGCACCACUGCAGUGUUCUCCAGCAUCUUUGCAAAAAAUGGAUCUCCCGCAAAUUGUUGUAACAAAAUAAAUCCUAAGCAAGUCCGUGUGACAAGCAUUGUGAGCUACUGGAAGCAGAACAAAGGACUUUGUCCAGUCACAGCAAUUGUGUUCACGCUUAACAAUGGGAAAUUCCUCUGCUCUAAUCCAGUCUCACCCUGGACCAAAAAAGCAAUGCGGAAGCUCGACGAGGAAGCAAAACAGAAGCGAAACCACAGAUUUGGACUGGCACCAGAUGCUCCAAAGGAGAGCACAGAGGGUUUACUGACAACAACCAUGAUGCCUUUGACCAGUAGAUGGCCUCAAGUGCCUGCAAGUGUAGCCAUGCCGAUGGAGAAGAGCAGAGCAGAGUCGCCUGCUAAUGUAAAAUCUUCUACACCAAAGAAGCAAAAGCAAAGAAGGAAGGGAGGGAACAAAGUUGGGAAGAGGAAAAAUACAUCAAGAAUCAAGAUCAAGAUCAAGAAGCAACCAGUGUUGCUUCACACCUCUUCUUUUACUAUGUCUUCUUAUAAAUAAGUCCAUGGAACCAUGUUUUCAUGUAUAAAUGCUAUAAACCCUUUCCUUAAAUAAGUUAACUUGUAUGGCUAAAUGUGUAUUGUGAAAGUUAUAUACCUGCGAUAUAAGAAAAAAUAGCAAACAGAAUAAAACAGAAAGCACA